UUAAACAUAAUCAAGAAAGAUUAAAGUAUCAAAGGGGAAUAUAGAAAACGAUUUUCCACGUGUCAAAAGUCGUCCUUAACAAGCUUUCCAUACCGUCGCCUAUUUAAAUAACUCACCGUUCGAACUUUUCAAUCAGCCAAAACCCCCUCCUUCCGCUCCUCCGCAAUUUCGAUUCCGCCACCGCCACCGCCAAUUACCAACCACCAACCGCCGCGCAGGAGGUAAAAUAUGUCGGAGACAAAGUUCAGCGUGAUGGUGAGCCUAUUCAAUUGGAUGCAGAAGAGCAAGUCCUCGUCCGUCAAGCGUUCCAAAUUUCGCAAGUUUCUCGAUACCUUCUGCCGCCCCAGUAACGGCGACGACUACUUCUCCGCAAUCCGCCUUAUCCUUCCCAGCAUAGACCGAGAGCGCGGCUCCUACGGACUCCGGGAGCACGUGCUGGCCACGUGCCUCAUUGACGCCCUCGGCAUGUCUCGUGACUCCCCCGACUCUCAGCACCUCCUCAACUGGCGCAAGGGCGGCCCCAAAUCCGGCUCCUUCGCCGGAAAUUUCUCCCUCAUCGCCGCCGAGGUUUUACAACGGAGGCAAGGCAUGACUUCAGGGGGACUGACUAUAAAAGAAUUAAAUGAACUGCUUGAUCGAUUGGCCUCUUGUGAAAAUAGGUCAGAGAAGACUUCUAUCCUUUCUGAUUUGAUCAGGAAAACGAAUGCUCAAGAAAUGAAAUGGAUUGUUAUGAUAAUUCUCAAAGAUCUUAAGUUGGGAAUCAGUGAAAAGAGCAUAUUUCAUGAAUUUCACCCUGAUGCUGAGGACCUGUUCAAUGUAACAUGUGAUCUAAAGCUAGUUUGUGAAAAGUUGCGAGAUCGUAGUCAGCGGCAUAAGCGCCAGGACAUUGAAGUAGGCAAACCUGUCCGCCCUCAACUAGCUCUGAGGGUCAGCAAUGCAGCCGCGGCAUGGAAGAAGCUUCAUGGGAAGGAAGUUAUUGUUGAGUGCAAAUUUGAUGGUGAUCGCAUCCAAAUCCAUAAAAAUGCAGCAGGAAUAAAUUUUUUCUCGAGGAAUUUUCUUGACCAUCCAGAAUAUGAACAUGGCAUGUCAGAGAUUAUAAGGGAGAAUAUUUUGGUUGACAGGUGCAUUCUUGAUGGUGAAAUGUUGGUUUGGGACAAAUCUACAAAUCGAUUUGCAGAGUUUGGUUCAAAUCAAGAAAUAGCCAAGGCCGCAAAGGAUGGGCUUGAUGGUGAUCGACAGUUAUGCUAUGUUGCAUUUGACAUUCUUUACGUUGGAGAUACCAGUGUUAUUCACCAAAGCUUGAAGGAGAGACAUCAACUUCUUCGGCAAGUUGUCAAACCAAUAGUAGGACGUUUGGAGAUUUUGGUCCCUAAUGGUGGUCUUAAUGCACAUCGUCCUGCUGGGGAACCAUGUUGGUCGCUAGUUGUUCAUGAUGUUGAUGGCGUUGAGAAAUUUUUCAAGGAGACCAUUGAGAACAGAGAUGAAGGAAUUGUUUUGAAAGAUCUUGCCUCCAAAUGGGAACCCAGUGACCGCAGUGGAAAGUGGCUGAAGUUAAAGCCCGAUUACAUCCGAGCGGGCUCUGAUUUAGAUGUCCUUAUAAUAGGCGGGUACUAUGGUUCUGGACGUCGUGGAGGUGAGAUAGCAAAUUUUCUUGUUGGCCUUGCUGAGCGUCCGGCGCCAAACACAUAUCCCAGACGAUUUGUUUCAUUUUGCAGGGUCGGUACAGGACUUUCUGACGAGGAGCUUAAUGCUGUUGUCUCCAAAUUGAAGCCUUACCUCAGGAAAUAUGAAUAUCCGAAGAAAGCACCUCCAAGUUUUUAUCAAGUUACAAAUAAUUCGAAGGAGAGACCAGAUGUUUGGGUUGAAAGCCCAGAAAAAUCAAUUGUAGUUUCCAUCACCAGUGAUAUCCGAACAAUCAGAUCCGAGGUAUUUGCUGCUCCAUAUAGCUUGAGAUUUCCACGGAUUGAUCGAGUGAGAUAUGACAAACCUUGGCACGAGUGCCUUGAUGUUCAGUCUUUCAUUGAAUUAGUACAUUCAAGCAAUGGUACCAUGCAAAGGGCGACAGAUUCCACAGUUGUGCAGGAAAAUAAACCAAAACGAACAAAGUUGUCUAGAGAAAAGAAGAAUGUUUCUGCUGUUCCUUCCCACUUUACUCAGACAGAUGUUUCUCAAGUUAAGGCUGGAACAUCAAUAUUUUCAAACAUGAUAUUCUACUUCGUAAAUGCACCUUCGUCGCACUCUCUUGAUUCCUUGCACAAAAUGGUGGUUGAGAAUGGUGGCACAUUCUCAAUGAAUCUGAAUAAUUUGGUUACUCACUGUAUUGCCUCUGAAAGUAAAGGGAUCAAGUUUCAGGCUGCAAAGCACCAAGGAGAUGUUAUUCACUACUCUUGGCUUUCUGACUGUUGCACGCAGAAGAAGCUUCUUCCUCUACAGCCGAAGCACUUCCUUUACCUCUCCGAUGAAUCGAAGAAGAAGCUAGAAGAAGAAAUUGAUGAAUUCUCAGACUCCUACUAUAUGGAUCUUAAUGUGGCAGACCUCAAACAGAUUUUAAGUAAUGUUGACAAGGUUGAUGAUUCUAAAGCAAAAGAGUACUACAAGAAAAAAUUCUGCCCAAGGGAGGAAUGGGUUCGCUUUCACGGUUGUCGCAUUUACUUCCACUUUCCUAGGCAAAUUCUAAAACACAAGAGCUUGGAAAUUCCAUUUGGACUUGCAAUGAGAAGGAUGAAGAUCGAAAUUUGCAUGGGCGGCGGCUAUGUAGCUGAGACAAUUGCUCAUGCUACUCAUUUAGUAAUUGUUUGUAGUACUCAAAUAGAUGUCGACUUUGAUACACUACUGAAAAGUUUAUCGGAGCUGGAGAAGCGCCUUUUGCACAGGAGAAGCUUGCAAAUUGUCAAGUCUCAGUGGUUAGACGACUGCUUUGAGAAGGACCAGAGGUUGCCAGAGGACAGUUACAGUUUGAAGCCUCCGGAUUUUCAAGAGACCUUAACUGGAGAUGGUAGUGACCCCAAUUUCAAUAUAGAAGAAUGUCAUAGCUUGGAAGAAAGGCUGGACGAUGCUUCAUCUUCUCGCAAAGCUGGAAAAAAAGACGAGGGUACAUCAGACAAGCCAAGAAUUGUCAGCUUGCCAAAUACAGACAACAAGAAGAAAAGAGGAAGACCUAUUGGAGCGAGUACAAAAAAGGGAAAAUCAGUUGUUAACAAGCCCCGAAGAACAAGGCCACGAGCUGGAAACAAACCUGCUAAGAUCCAUGAAAGUGAAUCGGAUAAAGAUGUUUCUUCGGAGGAGAAGAAAGACUCCACUGAGAUUGUAGAAAUUAAAGCAAAAUCAGAUUUUAAUAAACCUGAAGAAAGGGCUCAGAUUAAAACCAAACCAUCUGAGAUUGUCGAAAAUGAAUUAGAUAGUCGUGCUUUUUCAGAGAAGCAAACACAGUGUUCUGAAAUUGCAAACUUGUUCCUUCCCGGAUUUCAAAAACAGGAGGAAGUUGAAGAUUAUGCAACGGAAAGAGGCAAAGCAGUUGAACCAAUUGUUGAAGAACAUAGUAAAUUUGGACAAAGGUUUGAUGGAAUUAAGGAAGUUGGAUCCUCCGGACAAGAGAGCGGGACCCACUACAGUGAUCGGAUUGAAGAUGCUGUUGAUCCAGUUCAAGCCAUGUUAUUCAAUAUGUUGCCAAUCCUUGCUACAAAGAAAGCUGAGAGUGAUUCAAUUACUGCCCCUCUAGAGGUUAAAACGGGCGACCCUAACCCGACCCGCGAAGAGGAGAAGGUACUUUUAGACGGUGAAACGCAACCCGUGAAGAAAAGGAAAGUGAGCUACAAGGAUGUUGCUAAUGAACUGCUCAAGGAUUGGUAAGAUUGCUUGACUCGUACGGUUUAUAAUUACGAGUGUUCGACUUUUGUGUGUACGAUGUUUAAUCAAUUAGUAAAUUAAAUAACCAAGUGUUGGAGUAAUUAGACAAAAAAA